AUGUUCGCUGGUUGGUUGAAUAGAGGAUAUUCUUCCGUCUCCGAUGUUCAUCCGACGGCAGAGCGGCACCUCUACCUCCACCCCGCCAUCCUUUCUUUCCCACCGCGCCGUCCUCUCUCCCUUCCACACGCCGUCGCCUCCCACCCGCCGUCGCCUCUCCUUCCUACCCGCCGUCGCCUCUCCCUCCUCCUCGCCGUCGCCUUUCCCUCCUCCCCGCCGUCGCGUAUCCCUCCUCCCCGCCGUCGCGUAUCCCUCCUCCCCGCCGUCGCGUAUCCCUCCUCCCCGCCGUCGCCUCUCCCUCCUCCCCGCCGUCGCCUCUCCCUCCUCCCCGCCGUCGCGUUUCCCUCCUCCCCGCCGUCGCCUCUCCCUCCUCCCCGCCGCCGCCUCUACCUCCUCCCCGCCGUCGCCUCUCAAACCUCCUCGCCAUCGCCUCUCCUUCCCUCCCCGCCGUCGCCUCUCCUUCCCUCCCCGCCGUCGCCUCCGGCGACAGGUGCACGAGCGCAAGCGAGACUUGGUGUGCGAGUGCAUGUUGGUGCGCGAGCGCGGGUUGGUGCGCCAGCGCGGGUUGUUUUCUGA